UGUAGAUUCACCGGAAGUGAAAAUAAUUAAAGCUUUGGAAAGAUUUUACGGUUUAUUGUCAUUUAUGGCUUCUUUCACUGAGCCAAACUUCUUAAAGAAGUUGGAAGAACUGAACAGUUCCCAGCAGAGUAUCCAAACAUUAUCGCUUUGGCUUAUACAUCACAGAAAACACUCGAAACCCAUUGUUGAUUUGUGGUUGCAAGAAUUUUCAAAAGUCGAUGUUGCCAAAAAGCUAACAUUUUGCUACCUGGCAAACGAUGUUGUACAAAAUAGUCGCAAAAAGGGCUCACAGUUCAUCACUGACUUCCAGGAUGUCCUACCAGAUGCAUUUGAGGAAUGUUCCAGAGAUGCAGAUGAAAAAACCAAGAAGGCAAUCCGUAGAUUGGUUGACAUCUGGGGAGAAAGAGGGGUGUUUGGAAAGGAGUUCAUAAAAACAUUAAAACAAGCGACUAGUAAAACCAAACGUGGUGGUAGGGGUGCAAGGAAGGUUAAAGAUCGCAGUAAUGACAAAGGCAAAACUGAGAAAAAAGAUGGUGAGAAAUCUUCCACAGCUGAGCCAGUUGCUAAGAAGAAGAAGGUGGCAUCUCCCCAACUGUCACUGCUUGAGGAGAUUGGAAUUUUGAUGGAGAAGAAUGGCGAUGUCCCUAUAGUUCCCCCUGAGCCUGAGGUUCUUGUAAGCAGUCUUCAAGCUCUAGAAAAAUCAGCAUCAGGGGAUGCUGUUGUGAGGGAGAAAAUAGCAGCCCUACCCCCUGAAGUCUCUGACCCCUCCCUGCUAUCUAAAAUCACAGAUGCUGCUGAGGCAAAAAAGUUGAUCAGUAUGGUAGACGAUGCUUGCACCCUAUUAGCUGAUUAUAACAGUCGUCUUGACAACGAACUAGAAGAUCGAAAACGAGUUGGCAAAAUGAUGCGGGAAUAUGUUGUCACACAGAAAAACUCUCUUGCAAAGAGAGAAGAAAAGCUUAAGGAAUUCAAAGAGAAAUUAUCGAAAGUGACGACUGUACGUCAAGAACUGAAGUCACAUAUAGAAAACCUACCUGAUCUGACAUUACUCCCUGAUGUGACUGGAGGUCUCGCACCUCUCCCCUCUGCUGGGGAUCUCUUUUCAGUGUGACAUUUUACACAACAAAUACAACUUAAUAGUCUCAGUACAAAAUGGAAAUUGAUGAGAAUUAGUGUGAUCAGCAAGAAGUGGUGGAAAUAUGGGUGUUUUCAACACUCUUAAUUGUGAAGAGAUUUGAGGGAAUUCAAGUGAUGGGUAGAAAAAAGGGUGUAGAUAUAUAUAAGUCUAGAAUCAACAUACAUUUAACUUAAUAUUUUACAUUGGAAAUUCAUUGCAUCGUUAUUUUUAAAAGGUUCAUUUUUAUAGGGUUUAGUGGUAACCAGAUGGAAUUAUUGAAAUAUGUUUAUGGCUGAAACUUGCAAUUGUACAGGAAUGCCAGAAAAUAAAGCAGUUAAUAUUUCAGUUUUAGAGAGAAAAUGUCCUAAUAAGGCAGGGUUACUUAGAGGGAAUGGGGAAUUCACAGAUGCCAUACUAGUAGUCUUGCAUAAGACCAAGUACAUGUUUAUGUACAUCUCCUAAUCCUCACUCUAUCGCAGGCUUGGAAAAAUGAGGUGUACUGAGGAU